AUGAUGGCAGUCACCGACAAUCUCGGCCUGUCGCCCGAGCAGGUGCAGUUCUUCGAGGAAAAUGGAUACCUCUUGAUCCCGGACGCGCUGUCGCAAGAGACGGUCGCGGAGCUCCUGGCCGAGUCGCACAAGAUGCUCAAGGAGUUCCCCAUCGAAUCACAUCCAAUGACCAAGUUCUCGACCGGCCAGGGCGAAAAGGAGCACGUUGGCGACGACUACUUCCUCGAGAGCGGCGACAAGAUUCGUUUCUUCUUCGAAGAAGACGCCUUCGACGCCUCAGGCAACCUCACGAAGCCCAAAGACCGCGCCAUCAACAAGAUCGGCCACUACCUACACCAACUCUCCCCACCGUUCCGCGCCAUGUCGCUGUCGGCGCGCAACGCGGCCAUCGCGCGCUCGCUGGGGUUCCGCGACCCGCGCGUGCUGCAGAGCAUGGUCAUCUGCAAGCAGCCCGAGAUCGGCGGCGCGGUGCCGCCGCACCAGGACUCGCCGUUCCUCUACACGGAUCCGCCGUCGGCCGUCGGCUUCUGGUACGCGCUCGAGGACUGCACCGCCAGCAACGGCUGCCUCAGCUUCGCGCCCGGGUCGCACCGCACCAGCCCCGUGCGCCAGCGCUUCGUGCGAAUGAAGGAGGCGACGGGGAAGAGCGAGGCUGGGGGGACGGGGUUCGUUGAGAAUAAGGGCGCGGUGUUUCCACCGAAGAUACGGGAGUUGAGGGAGAAGAAGGGUGAGGGGCUGGGUCCCGAUACGGGGAUUGAGAGUGAGGUGGAGUAUACGAUGGGCGAGGUUAAGGCGGGCACGCUGGUGCUGAUACAUGGGAAUGUGCUGCAUAAGAGCGAGAAGAACUUGAGCGAGAAGAGCAGGUUCAUCUACACGUUUCAUUGCAUCGAGGGCGAGAACGAGUACGACCGGCUCAAUUGGCUGCAGCCGCCGGCAGAAGGCUUCUCCAAGCUGCCGGUAAAUGCAUGA